ACUUGAGCAUUAUUCGUGCCUUGUUGGAAAAAUCAAAACAAGUUAUAAAUUGGUUUUUAUUCACUGUACGGUAUGUUUUAUGAGCAAUCGUGCUUACUGUGCUUGGAAAAAACCAGCGCAACCGAUGGUCGAAUAAAUAUUGAUUAUGAGGAUCCGCAAUCAGUAAAGAUCCAUGAAGCAAUUAAACAACAUUUUAGAGAAGAGCUCAGUAUGAUACCCUUUUUAACAACCAAAAUAGUGUGCAACCAAUGUUGGGAAUUGGUACAAUCUUUUGAUGAAUUUUAUGCUCGUGUACAGAAGGCGCACUUAGCAGCGAGCGACAAACUUAAAUCUUUGCAAGAGUUGGAGAUAGAUGUAAAAGAAAUUAAAGUAGAGCCGGACAAUUUAGACGAGUUAACUUCUCUUCCCUCACGCGAUCUCAAAAAUGUUGAGGAAAAUAUGGAGAAUGAACUAAUUUCCUUACAAGGAAACGGAGAUAAGAAUGAACAGUUGCAUAAUCUAAAUGUAGAAAGUUUUGCUAUUAAGAGUGAAGCUAUACAAGAUGAUACACUGGAUGCAAAUUAUUCCCCGCAAAUAUCAGAAGAUGAGAGUGAAUCAAGUAGCUCAGUGUCAGAAAGUGUUGUGAAGCUGGAAGAGAAAGAGAUAUUGGACCGUGCACCGCAUAAAAUAUUGCGAACUAAAGGAAGGUCAAAACAAAAGCGAACCCAGCAAAAGAGAGAAGCAAAGCAACAGAAUGAAAGGCGACAUAAAACCAAAGACUAUGACGAUUUUAUUGCACAAAAUUUUAAAUUAAACUGUUUUCUUUGUCAAAGCUCUCUAACAGAUUUCAAGGAACUAAAAAAUCAUUUUCGCGAACACCACCAAACCAACGGAUAUGUAAAAUGUUGUGGCAAGAAAUUACUUAAGCGAGGUGUGCUCGUUGAUCAUAUUCAUGUCCACAACAACCCAGAAUACUUCAAAUGUCAACACUGCGACAAGGUAUUAUGUGAUCGAAGUGGUCUCGAAACCCAUUUGCAGUAUUUCCAUGGUUCCAGAGAACGUACUUAUCAUUGCAAUAUUUGUUCCAAAGGCUUUUUCAGCCGCAAAGUUCUAACUCGACAUUGUCUAAUCCAUGCUCCAGACGAACAGAAAAAUGUUAAGUGCGAGCAAUGUGAUAAAGCAUUCUGUAAUCAAUAUAGCAUGAAACAACACUUAGCGCUAGUUCAUCUAAAUUUAUAUGCGAAGAUAUGUGAUAUUUGCGGCAAAGCUUUAAACGGAAAGGAAGCAUUUCGACGGCACCAGGAGAAACAUGCUGGUAUACCCGCCACCUCUGUGAAGUGUAAUUUAUGUAAUACAGAACUUAAGACAAAAUACGGACUGGCGCGACAUAUGAAAACAAUGCACACCGAGGAGUAUCAAACUCCCCAAGUCUGUCCAAUUUGUUCCAAAGUAUCUCCAAAUCUUCGAGCACAUAGAAGGCACAUAGAAUAUGUGCACGUCGCAGAAAAAAAACAUGUUUGCAAACUUUGUGACAAAGCAUUUAAAUCGACGAAAAGCUUACGAGAACAUGUGGCAACACAUACAGGAGAAGUUUUAUGUACUUGUACAUUUUGCCCUCAAACGUUCAAUUCUAAAUCGAACAUGUACACUCAUCGCAAACGACAGCAUCCAAAAGAAUGGGCAGAAAAAUGUACAAAGAAAAAAAUCUCCACUGGAAUAGUACAAAAGAUUCAAAGUGAUUUGAGCUCCACAAUACUCAGUAUGAUACCCUUUUUAACAACCAAAGUCGUGUGUAACCAAUGCUGGGAAUUGGUACAAUCUUUUGAUGAGUUUUAUGUUCGUGUACAGAAGGCGCACUUAGCAGCGAGCGACAAACUUAAAUCUUUGCAAGAGUUGGAGAUAGAAGUAAAAGAAAUUAAAGUAGAGACAGACACAUUAGACGAGUUAAAUUCUUCUCCAAAACAUAAAAAUAAACACUCACGCGGUCUCGAAAAUGUUGAGGAAAAUAUAAUUUCCUUACAAGGAAACGGAGAUAAGAAUGAACAGUUGCAUAAUGUAAAUGUAGAAAGUUUUGCUAUUAAGAGUGAAGCUAUACAAGAUGAUACACUGGAUGCAAAUUAUUCCCCGCAAAUAUCAGAAGAUGAGAGUGAAUCAAGUAGCUCAGUGUCAGAAAGUGUUGUGAAGCUGGAAGAGGAAGAGAUAUUAGACCGUGCACCGCAUAAAAUAUUGCGAACUAAAGGAAGGUCAAAACAAAAGCGAACCCAGCAAAAGGGAGAAGCAAAGCAACAGAAUGAAAGGCGACAUAAAGCCAAAGACUAUGAUGAAUUUAUUGCACAAAAUUUUAAAUUAAACUGUUUUCUUUGUCAAAAGUCUCUAACAGAUUUCAAGGAACUAAAAAGUCAUUUUCGGGAAAACCACCAAACCAACGGAUAUGUAAAAUGUUGUGGCAAGAAAUUAUUUGACCGAGGUGUGCUCGUUGAUCAUAUUCGUGUUCACAUCAACCCAGAAUACUUCAAAUGUCAACACUGCGACAAGCUCAGUAUGAUACCCUUUUUAACAACCAAAAUAGUGUGCAACCAAUGUUGGGAAUUGGUACAAUCAUUUGAUGAAUUUUAUGUUCGUGUACAAAAGGCACACUUAGCAGCGAGCGAAAAACUUAAAUCUUUGCAAGAGUUGGAGAUAGAUGUAAAAGAAAUUAAAGUUGAAACGAACACAUUAGAGGAGUUUAUUUCUCUUCCAAAACGUAAAAAUAAACACUCACGCGGUCUCGAAAAUGUUGAGGAAAAUAUGGAAAACGAAUCAACAUCCUUACAGGGAAACGGAGAUAAGAAUGAACAGUUGCAUAAUGUAGAUGUAGAAAGUUUUGCUAUUAAGAGUGAAGCUAUACAAGAUGAUACACUGGAUGCAAAUUAUUCCCCGCAAAUAUCAGAAGAUGAUAGUGAAUCACGGAGCUCAAUAGCAGAAGACGUUAUAAAGCAUGAAGAAGAGAAGGCAUUGCACGGUGCACCACAUAAAAUAUUGCGAACUAAAGGAAGGCCAAAACAAAAGCGAACCCAGCAAAAGAGAGAAGCAAAGCAGCAGAAUGAAAGGCGACAUAAAACCAAAGACUAUGAUGAUUUUAUUGCACAAAAUUUUAAAUUAAACUGUUUUCUCUGUCAAAAGUCUCUAACAGAUUUCAAGGAACUAAAAAGUCAUUUUCGGGAACACCACCAAACCAACGGAUAUGUAAAAUGUUGUGGCAAGAAAUUACUUAACCGAGGUGUGCUCGUUGAUCAUAUUCAUGUUCACAUCAACCCAAAAUAUUUCAAAUGUCAACACUGCGAGAAGGUAUUAUGUGAUCGAAGUGGUCUGGAAAUGCAUUUGCAGUAUUUCCAUGGUUCCAGAGAACGUACUUAUCAUUGCACCAUUUGUUCUAAAGGCUUUUUCAGCCGAAAAGUUCUCACUCGACAUUGUCUAAUCCAUGCUCCCGACGAACAAAAAAAUGUUAAGUGCGAACAAUGUGAUAAAGCAUUCUGUAAUCAAUAUAGCAUGAAACAACACUUAGCGCUAGUUCAUCUAAAUUUAUAUGCGAAGAUAUGUGAUAUUUGCGGCAAAGCUUUAAACGGAAAUGAAGCAUUUCGACGGCACCAGGAGGAACAUGCUGGUAUACCUGCCACCUCUGUGAAGUAUUCACUGUACGGUAUGUUUUAUGAGCAAUCGUGCUUACUGUGCUUGGAAAAAACCAGCGCCACCGAUGGUCGAAUAAAUAUUGAUUCUGAAGAUCCGCAAUCAGUAAAGAUUCGUGAAGCAAUUAAACAACAUUUUAGAGAAGAGCUCAGUAUGAUACCCUUUUUAACAACCAAAAUAGUGUGCAACCAAUGUUGGGAAUUGGUACAAUCUUUUGAUGAAUUUUAUGUUCGUGUACAGAAGGCACACUUAGCAGCGAGCGACAAACUUAAAUCUUUGCAAGAGUUGGAGAUAGAUGUAAAAGAAAUUAAAAUAGAGACGGACACAUUAGACGAGUUAACUUCUCUUCCAAAACAUAAAAAUAAACACUCACGCGGUCCCGAAAAUGAGGAAAAUAUGGAGAAGGAAGUAAUUUCCUUACAAGGAAACGGAGAUAAGAAUAAACAGUUGCAUAAUGUAAAUGUAGAAAGUUUUGCUAUUAAGAGUGAAGCUAUACAAGAUGAUACACUGGAUGCAAAUUAUUCCCCGCAAAUAUCAGAAGAUGGGAGUGAAUCAAGUAGCUCAGUGUCAGAAAGUGUUGUGAAGCUGGAAGAGGAAGAGAUAUUAGACCGUGCACCGCAUAAAAUAUUGCGAACUAAAGGAACGUCAAAACAAAAGCGAACCCAGCAAAAGGGAGAAGCAAAGCAACAGAAUGAAAGGCGACAUAAAACCAAAGACUAUGACGAUUUUAUUGCACAAAAUUUUAAAUUAAACUGUUUUCUUUGUCAAAAGUCUCUAACAGAUUUCAAGGAACUAAAAAGUCAUUUUCGGGAAAACCACCAAACCAACGGAUAUGUAAAAUGUUGUGGCAAGAAAUUACUUAACCGAGGUGUGCUCGUUGAUCAUAUUCAUGUUCACAUCAACCCAAAAUACUUCAAAUGUCAACACUGCGAGAAGGUAUUAUGUGAUCGAAGUGGUCUGGAAAUGCAUUUGCAGUAUUUCCAUGGUUCCAGAGAACGUACUUAUCAUUGCACCAUUUGUUCUAAAGGCUUUUUCAGCCGAAAAGUUCUCACUCGACAUUGUCUAAUCCAUGCUCCCGACGAACAAAAAAAUGUUAAGUGCGAGCAAUGUGAUAAAGCAUUCUGUAAUCAAUAUAGCAUGAAACAACACUUAGCGCUAGUUCAUCUAAAUUUAUAUGCGAAGAUAUGUGAUAUUUGCGGCAAAGCUUUAAACGGAAAAGAAGCAUUUCGACGGCACCAGGAGGAACAUGCUGGUAUACCCGCCACCUCUGUGAAGUGUAAUUUAUGUAACACAGAACUUAAGACAAAAUACGGACUGGCGCGACAUAUGAAAACAAUGCACACCGAGGAGUAUCAAACUCCCCAAGUCUGCCCAAUUUGUUCCAAAGUAUCUCCAAAUCUACGAGCACAUAGAAGUCACAUAGAAUAUGUGCACGUCGCAGAAAAAAAACAUGUUUGCAAACUUUGUGACAAAGCACUCAAAUCGACAAAAAGCUUACGAGAACAUAUGGCAACACAUACAGGAGAAGUUUUGUGUACUUGUACAUUUUGCCCUCAAACGUUCAAUUCUAAAUCGAGCAUGUACGCUCAUCGCAAACGACAGCAUCCAAAAGAAUGGGCAGAAAAUUGUGCAAACAAAAGAACCUUCACUUGAAUAGUACAAAAAAUUCAAAGUGAAUUAAGGUCCACAAUAUAAUCUUCGUUGCAGACGACGUUCAUAGAGAAGUUUCAAUGGGAAAAAUGCAUGGAAUUAUGAAGGGUAAUACACAUUUUAAACAUCCUGAAAAAAGCAGCGCACGCACAGUAUAAAAAACAGAAAACCAGGCGAAACUACACACUCUUUAGUAACCUGAGGCAAGAGUGCAAAAAUCUCUACACCAAGUGUUAUAAUGCGUAUGUUGAUAGGGUAGAAGGGUCACUGAAAGGUGAUACCAAGGCGUUCUGGAAUUAUAUCAAGGAUAAGAAGCGAGGAAACAGUGGCAUUCCAGCAUCCAUGGUCUGGGAUAAUCAAUCAGCAUCAAGUGGUGUAGAGAUCAGUAACUUAUUUGCACAGUUCUUUAAAAGCAUAUGUGCACCGGUGUCUGACGAUAGCGUAACCCUAGCACACUCACACCCUUACACGCAAUCGGUAAACCUAAAUGACUUUGAGGUUACCUUUGACAAUGUCUUCAAGCAACUGAACUCCGUAGAUCCUAGUAAAGGUGCGGGACCUGAUGGCCUACCGAAUGCCUUUCUUAAGAACUGCGCCAAUGGCCUCUGUGAACCGCUGACACACAUUUUCCAAUCGUCUCUGCAGUGUGGUGUUUUUCCUACAGACUGGAAACUCUCGUACAUCA